AUGGAUAACAAUCUGCUAACAUCACGUGCUAGUAGUUUCAGUAUUGCUUCAUUGAUUACAUCAGAUGGUUGCGAUGAUGAGAAUAGUUUAUAUCAUUCUCUAACGAAUUCAAUUCCAACAAAUUUUUAUCAUAAUACUAAUAAUUGUUCAAUUGAUCAAAUUACAAACGAUUCUAUUCAACAAGAUUUUCAUCAUUUUCAUUCAGCUAAAUUAACAGAAACAAAUAACGGACAAUAUCAACAACAAAUAGGAAAAAAAAAUAAAAAUCGAUCAACAAAUUACAAACAAAGAAAAAAUCUUCAAAUACAUUUAUCAACAACACAACAUAUGGAAGAUUAUAUUCAACGAGCAACAGAAAAUAUUAAAUCAACAACAAAUAUAAAUAAAUCUGAUCAUGAAAAUAUUUCAAAUGGAACAAAUGAAAUCAAAAAAACACUUCAUCCAAAAUUAGCUAAUAUUAAAAUGGUUCUCGAAUCAAAAUCAUUAUGGGAUGAAUUUGAUAAACUUGGAACUGAAAUGAUUGUUACCCGAUCAGGAAGACGAAUGUUUCCAAUAUUACAAGUAAAAAUCUCUGGUAUGGAUCCAACAGCUACUUAUUUACUGAUGGUUGAUUUUAUACCAUUAGAUGAUAAACGUUAUCGAUAUGCAUUUUAUAGUUCAAGUUGGGUUGUUGCUGGUAAAGCUGAUCCACAUGGUCCAGGUCGUUUUCAUGUUCAUCCUGAUUCACCACAAACAGGUUCAAAUUGGAUGAAAAAUAUUAUUUCAUUUGAUAAACUUAAAUUAACAAAUAAUUUACUUGAUGAAAAUGGACAUAUUAUACUUAAUUCAAUGCAUCGUUAUCAACCUCGAAUUCAUUGUGUUUAUUCACCAUCAAUAAAAACUGAUGAAUUAAUUUUACAACAAACACAAACAUUUCGAACAUUUACAUUUCCUGAAACAACGUUUAUUAGUGUUACAGCAUAUCAAAAUCAUCGAAUAACACAAUUAAAAAUUGCUUCAAAUCCAUUUGCUAAAGGUUUUCGUGAUUGUGAAUCAGAAGAUGGUAUGAUCGAUGUAAUAAAACAAUUGAAUUCUAAUCAACGUUUACUUCGUUCACAACGAAAAUCACCUAAUAUACAAACUAAUACAUUUAAUAGAAUUGUUGAAAAUUCUUCUUGUUUUAUAUCUGAUCCACAAGAUUCAACAGUUAAUUUUAUUUCACCAACAACUUAUUCAUUAGUUAAUCAAGAUUUAGCAAAUUAUGCUGCUGAUGCUUUUGUUUAUUCACAAUUGUCUGAUUUAAGUUAUCGAAGAGAAACAUCAUCAAAUUAUCAUCCAACACGAAUGAGUCCAUAUGCACGACAAACAUUUUAUCCAAUGUAUACACAACGUGAUAUUCAUUCACCAUCAUCAUCAUCAUCAUCAUACAAUAGUUGA